AUGGCGUCGUCUACAGUCACGACAGCCUUGCAUUCCCACCGCGCAUCCUUUUCUGCUGCGGCUCCCCUCUCGCCGUCACCCGCGCCUCCUCCGUCCCAGCUGCCGCCCGCUCCGUCUGCAACGCUGCCGUCGGUAACGCUGCAUGCGCCCGCGGCAACGUCGACUUCCACAUCGACAUCACUGCUGCCUCAUCCGCCGUCCUCUCAACUCGGCCACGGUGCUGCCGGUCAUCCCUCCUUCGAUCACGUAACCGGCAACAUCCAUAUGCCGUCCGCAUCGCAACCAGCUCAGCCGUCGUCUCAGCAGUCGUUCGUCAUGAAUCAGCCAUCGUCCCAGCCAAAUCCCACUCUCUCGGCCUCUGCCUAUCACCCGUUCUCGGAGUCGUCCCAGCCCAAGCUGGAGCAUGACGAUCCGAUGAAGAUUUACUCGGCCGUGUAUUCGGGCACCAACGUCUACGAAAUGGACGUGAAUGGCAUUGCGGUUAUGCGUCGGCGCCACGACUCGUGGCUCAAUGCCACCCAGAUACUGAAAGUCGCCGGUGUUGACAAAGGCAAGCGUACCAAGAUUCUGGAGAAGGAGAUCCAGACCGGAGAACACGAGAAGAUCCAGGGCGGCUACGGCAAAUACCAGGGCACGUGGAUCGGCUUCGAGCGGGGUGUCGAGGUGUGCCGGCAGUACGGCGUCGAGGAGAUUCUGCGCCCGCUUCUGACGUAUGACAUGGGCCAGGACGGCGGCAUUGCCGGUCAGGGCAACUUCAACACGCCGACAAAAGAACAGGCCAUGGCCGCUCAGCGCAAGCGCAUGUACAAUGCCAGCAACGACAACCGCGCAAACGGUGCAUCCGGGACCUUCUUCCGGGGCAUCUCCAACACUGCGUCCAAUAUGGUGGGCAUCAUAAGCAAGGCCCGAUUCGAUUCGCCCGGCCCACGAAACCGAGCUGCCGGCGGACAGGCAGACAGGAGUGGUCUUGCCCGGGCCCCAAGCUUCACGCGACAGCCAUCGAUACAGGCCGACGAGCUGCCCAACUCGCAGCAGAGCUUUGCGUCCGACUAUGGCCGCGACAGCGAAACACCCGUAUAUCUCUCGCAGCAGCAGAGCACGCAGCAGUCCGUUGGCGACGGUGCUGAGCCUCCACGCAAACGAGCUAGAAUGGGCGCCACGUCCGGAGACAGCUUUGCCUUUGCCGGUUCUGCUGACGCCUAUGCCAAUGCGAGUGCAUUUCCUGGUUCACCGACGGAACCAAACGAGUCGUUCAUCUACAACCAGGCCGGCCUCAACGCUCACCUGGUGGCGUCCAAUGACGGCCAUGUUCCGCUGCCUCCGCUGCCGUUUGAGGUCUCGCCCGACGCCGAGGCCAAGCGCAACACGCUCAUGUCCCUCUUCAUGGACGCCAAUGGCGACGAUCACUCUCGCCACGACACCCUACGCCGCAUGACCCCUGGGGAGCUGGACAUGCCCAUCGAUGCCCAGAGCCACACCGCGCUGCACUGGGCUGCCACCUUGUCACGCAUGCCGCUUCUGCGAGCCUUGAUAGCCAGUGGGGCAAACCCGUUCCGGGUCAACGCCGUCGGUGAGACUGCACUGAUGCGGGCAUGUCUCGUCACCAACUCCCACGAGCACAGCUCCAUGCCGGAUCUUCUCGACGUGCUCGGCAGUACCAUUGAGGUGCGGGACGCCAAGGGUCGAACGGUCCUGCAUCACAUUGCCGUCACCAGCUCGGUCAAGGGCCGGAGUGCCGCCAGCCGAUACUAUCUGCAAUGUCUCCUGGAAUGGGUUGUCCGCCAGGGCAGCGCACCGAACAGCCAAACCAUGCAGCCAGGCAUGAAUGGUAGCGCUCCUUCUGCGCCUGCCAAGCUUGGCCUGGCACGCUUCAUGAGCGAGAUUGUGAAUGCGCAGGACAAGGCUGGCGACACGGCGCUCAACAUUGCAGCCAAGAUUGGCAACCGCAGCAUCAUCUCCCAGCUCCUAGAGGUAUGCGCCGAUCCCAACCUGCCGAACCGGCAAGGAUUGCGGCCGCUGGACUUUGGUGUGGGUGCCGACUCUGUGGUCAAUGCUACCGGCGGCGAGGCGGCAGACGGCGAUCAUAGCGGAACCGUUGGCAGCAGCCAGAAGAGUCGAGAGAGUAGCGACGAUAUUGUUUCAUCGAUAACACACCUCCUCACCGAGACCGCAUCGGUCUUUCAGGCCGAGAUGAAGGCAAAGCAACAAGCCGUAGAGGCUCUGCACAGCCAACUGCGCACCACGUCAGCCCAGCUCGGCGAUGCCCGGAGAACACUGGACGCGCUGCAGGAAAAGGUCAAGAACCAGCAGCAAGCCCGCCAGCGGGUUCUCAACCUGUCGCGGGCACGAGAUGAGGAACAGUACCGUCUCGUGGAUCUGGAACGGGCACACGGUCGAACCAUCGCGGAGCUCGACAGCAUGGCAAGCUGGGCGGUCGAACCGGACGCCUCUGCAGACUCGGCAGAUGCCGCAACAUUGCCGUCAGCCGCCGUGAUGCGAGCUCGAAUUCGCGCGCUGCACCAGCGCACAGCCGAGACACGGCGGGCCGAACAGGCGCUCAAGAGCCGCAGCCGAGACAUCGAGCUCAAAUUUCGCCGUCUCGUGGCCUUGGCAACCCGCUGCUCCGACGCCGAUGUGGACAGCCAUCUGGACGGUCUGAUGCGUGCCGUGGAAAGCGAAAAAGGCGACCUGGAGAUCGGACGGGUGCGUCGCUUCUUGGGCGGCGUGGAAGGGCUAGUGCAUUGA